AUGCCGUGGACACCUGAGCUGCUGCUGCAAAACGGCACUUACUAUGGACUCAAGCGCAUAAGUCGUUCGGGGUCGCUGGACUUGUCCAUUAAAUGGGAAGCAGAAAAUUCGGAAUUAAAUUUUGAUGAUUGUCUCACUGAUGUCAAACAAGUUGCUGCUGCAACAAGAGAGCUCAAGGCCUCAGGAAAUGUGGGGGCCUUUUCGCUGCAGCGGAUGGCGCAGCUGACGGUGGCAGCUGUACGUACACCCGAAACUGCUGCAGCAGGAAGUUCGGAGUCCCGCAUUUCUUUUCAGAUUCAUUUAAACCAGCCCGAAGCCCUCAACGCCCUCAACCGCCAGUUUGCUGCUGCUGCUGCUGCUGCUGCUCCUGCUGCAGCAGCAGCAGCAGCGCCCACUUGCCCGCAGCAAAACGUCCGCAGCAGCCUUUUGGCGCUCAAGCCGCAGGAGACCGCCUUUGUUGCCACGUGGUUUUCGAUCCCGCGGGAGAAGAGCUACGCGCUGUACCCGCGGGACUUCCGCGUGCGGGUGUUUUGCCACUCAGCAGCAGAUUGCAAUUUGUCUCAGUUUUCUUUUUGCUUCCGACUUGCAUGCCCCAUCAAGUCUGCUGCAGCAGAAGCAGCAGCAGCAGCAGCAGAGGAGGCCAUGCAGCACCCCGUCGGGCCCCGCCCCGCCCCCGCUGCUGCGGCGGCGCAGCAGCAGCGCGCAGCGCCGCUGCUGCAGCAGCAGCAGCAGCAGCUGCUGCAGCAGCAGCAGCAAAAACUCAAGCAGCUGCAGUUCAGAGGCAGGUACGGCUUCAUCCCGUACUGGGCAGCAGCUGCCUAUACACCGCAAACCAACUGGGCCGUCACUGCAGCAGCAGCAGCAGCUGCUGCUGCUGCUUUCUUUCUCUUCUAA